GUUUAGUAUAGUUAGAAAAUAUACCUAUUCUGUUUGUUUGGUCAUUGUGUAAAUGUUUAGAUUACUAGUAUGUAUAACUUUUCUAUGUGAUAAUAUAUCAUGUGCUGUGUGUUUAAAGAAUUAUACUUGUGCAUUACAAGACACAAAUAAAAGAAAAAUGAUAAGAAGUGAUUCAAAAUUAUGUGCCAGAUCUGACAUUCUGAAACUUUCAUAAUCUUAGGCACUGCUUCAGAAUUAGGGUACUGAGAUUUUGAAGUUCUUUACAUUUAAGACACGAUACCGGAUAUCUUUUAAUUGAUACAACUUUAUUCGCUAAUAGCUAUGCUAAAACACGUGUGAUGUGACACAGUCAUUUUGGAGUUGUUGAUAUUUAAGACAAUGCUUAGUGUGUCUCUAACAUUCUGUUGUAAUGAAGCGACAAGUGAUGCAUCGGUUAAGUGAUGCAUUACCAACAGUCUGCAAAUUUAAUAUCGUAUUAAUGCUAAAAACAUUUAAGAUAGAGAGACCAAGUUAUUCGACACAAGAGGUCAAGUUAUUCGGCAAUUUUGAACUUGCAACUUAUGCGACAAGAACAUUUCGCGCACAGUUAAAGUUCUGACAACAGAACAUGUUGUUAGUCAAAAGAAAAUUGUUUCUACUUGCUUUAUUGGAAGUAACUUUGUCAGGACUACAUACAGCCAAAGGGGACGCAGUAGACUUAAGCGCACGGAUUGGUUCAGCCAUACACUUCCACCUGCCCGACGUAUCCAAAUGUGGUGGGUACAGUUUGACCGAUCCAACUAACAACCAUGUCGUCAUGGUAUACAAUAUGUCACACACUCCUAUUGGCAGCAAGUAUGCAGAUCGAAGCACUAGUAUGUUGCUUAGCAACGGAACAUUGUUAUUCACUCUUCACCGUGUUCAGUACAGCGAUGAGGGGACUUACCUGGUGAAGCCAGGUGGACAAAGCCCGGAUUUGUGUUGGAGAAAAUUCGAGUUAACGGUGUUGAGAGAUAGGCCAAGCACUGGAUAUUGGCUGAGUUGGGGAGACUGGUCCAGUUGUGACAAGACUUGUGGUGCAGCAACUAGGGUACGUUUGCGAGAAUGUUCCAUUCCAACAUUCUGUUACGAUGGAGAUAAUCGUGAAACAAAAGCAUGCGAAGACAACAAACAGUGCGAGACACAGAUUUAUGAAUGGUCUGGCUGGAGUCAUUGGAGUGAUUGCAGUCUGACAUGUGGAGGCGGAAGACAUGAUCGACAACGCUAUUGUCUUCUUAAUAAAGUAGAAAGAGCUUCGACUGAGCAUUGCAGCGGGGAUUAUUAUGAAAACAAAGAGUGUUCUAUGACGCCUUGCAUAAAUGUUAGACAACCGACAUUAGAUCAAUGGACGACAUGGGGACCAUGGACUGCGUGCAGUUUGUCGUGUGGAUCAGGGUUUAAGACGCGCGAAAGACGAUGUCGUGAUACUGUUAAAGAGGUUGAUGCCAGAAGAUGCAUGGGUUCUUCAACGGAAAACACAACUUGUUCCAUACCGGCAUGCGAAAAAAAUGUUGGUACUAGUACCGAAGAUGGCAAGCUAAAAGCAAACGACCAUACUGUACAGCUUCCGCUGUCUGGAAUUGUGGGAACCGGUGCUGGUGUAUUUAUUCUUAUUCUAGCUAUCGUUAUCUGCGUGCUCGUUACAAAACUGAAGAGGAAGAAGGAGAUGCUAGGAAUAGUCAAAACUGGUUCUGUUAAAAGAUCUAAUUCAUCGAAGGACGCAUACAGAGGGAAGAAGGAAUCUGUUAUUUCCUUCUCCAGCCAGGGUGUCAGUGGAGUUCACGUAUAUGACGAAAUUGAUGACGUAAAAUCGCAGAGAAUGUCCGUGCUCACCAUUGAUAACCCUUACGUCACGAUGCCCAAAUCUGCCUCGCCAACAGGGACCGCAACUACUAAAAAUGGCACCGUUACUUAUAGUAACAUACAGGAAAAUGUUUUUGUGUUUGAUAGUAGCACAGAAGUCGGACAAGGAGAAAACCGAAAGGUUUCAAACGCAUAUCAAAAUACAAGUGACCCGUACAGCAGUAACAUGCUUACUGUCCCUAGACAUAUGUCCGUUGAUAGUACCGGGUACUUAAUGCCGGGUAACGCUAUGGAACGUGCAGCGCGACGUAACAAAAGGUACUUGAAGAAAACAUAGAAAACACCAUAUGAACAUUCAUACCGGUUAAUUUGCGAACGUCUUGCCUUUUUAAACAAUGUGACAAAUCAAGCAGAUCUUAAUUUGUUUAAAAAUAUCUGAAUUGCUGACGUAUUAUUGGUCCAGUCAUAUAAUCAAUUUUGAUAGCAUUUCCAUGCAUAUCGUCUAUCUCUUUAUUCUGUAUUAUUUCUCCGCCAAAGUAACGUCUUGAAACUAUUUUUUUUAUUUGAUAAUAAUAGUAUGAACAUAAUUUUACAUUUAAUGUUAAAUUGUCCCUAAAUCUAUUAAAUACUAGUACACACUCGCGAAUUUUGUCUAAAGUUUCUCUUUAAUCAUUUUGUUCAGCUGUCAAGAAAUGUUCAGCCAUGGAAAAUACUAUGUAAUAUUUGAACUGAAAAAAGUAUUUCAGAACGCUAUGGACGGCACAUAGAUCUGAGAGCAUAAUCUGUAGAUAUAGCAUGUAUGUAUAUUUGAACAUGAUUUGCCAUACGACAAUUAUUUUGUGUCCAGAUGAAUUCUGUGUUCACGAUGAUGUGUUAAAGUGGCAUUAUGUGCAUCUAAUACUGCAUAUAGUGUGUUUUGGGUUAGUGUUCUAUAAAAGCAAUUUUCGGUUGCUGUGCAUUUAGAUGUGUUAAAUUAACGAUAAUGCCGCAUUAGUAUUUGAAGUUAAUGCUUUAAAAAUAUAAAAUAAUAGAUAUCUUUUUCAAUCUUCUGCGCAAUGAUCUCCCUUACCUGAAAAUUGAAAUGUCUGAAGUAGAAGGGAAGCAAAUCCUGCUUGCAUUUUGACGUUUUUUAAAAAGACUGCCCCAGUCAAAAUAAGAAAAGUCAUAUUUGGAAACUUAUUAUUUUGUACUGGUAACAGGAAGAGUUUGGUAUGUUGGGUUAAAAGCUAUAAUUUCCUCCAUCCUUUUUACAUGCACAUCUAUUUAAGCUUGACUUUUACUUGAAAAAUGCAUAUAAUUCCACUUUAAGAAAAAGUUAAUGAUCUCAAUCAUUCACCCUCGAACGGAAGCUCGGAAGCUGAACCGUUACAAAGCUAUCUCUGCUUUCUUGAGAAAUAGACUGGGCUAUAAACUUUAACUCAUAUAAAUGUGAAGUGCUGAGGAUAACCCGAAAGAAUCAAAGCCUUGAAAUAUCUGAUGGUUGCGGGAUUUUGAUAGAUUUAUUUUCUGUUCAAAUGCCAGUCAAUGAAUAUACAUGAAUGAGAAACAAAUACAAAUUUAAUGUGCCUCAUAUCUAAGAAGAACUCUGCCUGACCCAGCUUGUGAUGUAACCAUGGGCUGGAAUACCUUAUCAUUGAUAGAACUUAUAUAAUCUAAAUGGUCAGUGAGAGUGGAUACAGGUUGAAUAAGAACUGCUUGUUCAUUGAUAAUUCAUCCGCAUUGUUCAUGAAUGGGACUAUUUUGUUAGCACAUGAAUAUCCUUUGGAUGUGAUUUGGAAUCAAAUAAAGAUGCUAUGAUUGUCAGAAAUACACUUCAACUUUGGUAGCGGGAUAAACCCGCAACCAAAAUCUCAAUUAUAUCCCGUUACAUCAUCCACGGUACUGAACAACAACCGACUCCACAAAAUACCUUGGUAUUACGAUCUCUCAAGUUCUAAACUGGACCCAGCUACAAAAAUAACCCAAACAAAACAACAAAAUGUAACAACAAAGGCAAAUAACUCUUUAACAUUCAUCAAACCAGAUAAAACAUGUUGAAGAAUCCGGUUAAAGUACUCGUAUUUCUCCUCCCGUCGUCUGACACAUCUACCCGAAAAGCCUUACUAGCAGAGAGCUGCUGAUAGAUAUGUUUGUAAUAUAAUUUUACUAAUAGUACCACCCAGAUGCUUCAAGAGCUCCAGCAGACAUUGUAUUACAAAACUCUAUUAUCUUCGUAUAUAAAAUCACCAAAAUCACCCGAUACGAUAGCUUUUUCUUGCCUACCUAGCGGGAAAGUAUACAUUUAUCAGAUCACGCGCCGGGGAUAGAUAUUCCUGUCUUUCCCUAGGGAAAAACCUUGUCUAAAAUAGCGUGCACUAAGUUGACGUCACAUAGUAUUGGUACCAUUGUGACGUCAUAAACUUUAUAAAUAAUGUCAGGAAAUACCAAAAACCUAUUUGUCUCCACGAUCUAUUUUGAACAUGAUAGGCAAGAAAAAUGAUCUAACAUGUCUGCCUGUGUAAGACAGCUGUUUUCCCUUCCCUCGGAACAGCAUGGAUAAAAAAAACUCGCUAACGCUCGGUUUUCCAUUCCACACUGUCCCUCGGAUAGGGAAAACCCCGUCUUACACAGGCAGGCAUGUAAGAUCCUUAUAGUUAUAACAGUACCUUGAUCUGAAAUGUUGUAUUCGGUUCGAGUUGAAAUUGCCAGACCUGGAUCCCAUGAAGCGCUUGUAUCGAGUGUUAUCCGGCCUGGUAAAAUCCACGAGAACGAAUACAUCAUUGCAGAUAAAUGUUCUGUUUUAAUGAUCCUUUUAAUAUAUACAUUUAUGUGCAUGUCAUUUGCCCUUAUGCAUUGAUGAUUCAUUGUUUACUGUGAAGCCUGACCUAGUUUUGAGACAUUACGUAUGUCAAUAAGUUAUUUAUAUUCUAUUGUGUUCUAGAAUGUUCUGUCACAAAUUCUGAUCGAAAGGAACCUUCCAUGAUGUUUCAAAUAGGAAGCCGUUUGAGGUCAGGUAGAACCUAAAGUAAGAUCUUACUGAAAACAGUUCUUGUUUUUCGUAGUAGCAAGAUAUUUCCAGUUUGGACAUUUUUAAAACAUUUUAUGGAUAUACAUGUACAUUCACCUUGUGGAUUUUUAAAAAAAGUUUUUAUAUGAGAGGAGUUAUAUUCUUUGACUAUACUAAAUUCAGUCUGGAGUUAUUAUGAAAUGUUUGGAAUUAAUAGUGACUGGAUUUAAAUUUGACCAGGACAGGACUUGGGGGCUAUUCUUAUGUAUUAUAACUGGAUUUUAACUUGUUAACAUUUUUAAGGUAUUUGAAUUGUUACUUAUCAUAAUAAACUUUGUUAUUGGUAA